AUGCAGAUCAUGUACUCAUUGAAAAGCUCAAAGGGGACAGUGUUUCCUCUACGAUCAAUGCUCGUCUUCUUCAUUGCGCUAUUUGGUUUCUACGUCUGCUACUUCUCCCUCACUCAGAUAGCCUUAGAAAAUGAAGAGGAAGAAAUGGACGAUGCAGAAGAACGAACAAAAGUUCUGUGCUCAAGACCUGCUUCAGUCACUCCAUAUCGGCAGAUGCGAUAUGUGCAUUUUCCAAGACCUAUGAGCUAUGACAGGGGAGAAUGCGCAUGCACUCCGGUUCGUUUCUUUGUCAUUGUAUCCAUGCAAAGAUCGGGCAGCGGAUGGUUCGAGACUUUGCUGAACAGCCAUCCCAAUGUCAGCUCAAAUGGUGAAAUCUUUGCUGUGAGAGAGCGAAGAGAAGAUAUUGUGUCAAUCUUGAGGACGCUUGACAGGCUGUAUGAUUUGGAUUGGCGCACCAGUGCGGCAAAAAAUGAAUGCACUGCUGCGUUCGGAUUGAAGUGGAUGCUAAAUCAGGGUAUUCUGGACUAUCCUCAUGACAUUGUCAACUAUCUGAACAAAAAGGGUGUCAUGGUGAUAUUUCUCUUCAGGAGAAAUACAUUAAGGAGGCAUGUUUCAGUGUUGGCCAACGACUAUGACCGAAGAACAAAGCAGCUGAAUGGCACCCACAAAGCUCAUGUUCACUCGCUAGAGGAGGCUGAGAUACUAGCGAGGUUCAGACCGGAGCUGGACGUGUCAUCUCUGAUCCCAAGCAUCAGAGAGGCCGAGCAGUCCAUGGAAGCCUGCCUGCGUCAAUUCCGUGCCACACGCCACAUGAUCCUCUACUACGAGGACCUCAUCCGCGACGACAAUGCACUAUCUCGUGUGCAGAAGUUCCUGGGAGUCCCGGUGAGGCCGCUGUCGAGCAGGCACGUGAAGAUCCAUACCAGCCCGCUCCCGGACCUGGUGGACAACUGGGAGGAGGUGAGGGAGACGCUCAGGGGCACAGAGUUUCAUCGCUUCCUUGACGGGUGA